CUUGUCCAUUGCCAAACUAAGUAUGGGAUAAAUUUUAUAUUUAGUCCAAUGAAAUACCGAACAUGAGAUUGGACUUUUAUUAUCUUGUCCAAGCCAAUCCAAUCCAAUGUCAUCUUAUUAAUUUUAUGCAAUUCAAUCCCAUCCUAAACUCCAAAUGUGCUCUAAAAGUAUAUAAAAGUUGGCCAAGGACACCUGACCAUAAAUUAAAAAAUAUGUCCUUAUUUUACAGUUCUUCUUAAAUAAAAUGCUUGAACUUGAGUAGCAACUCUACUCUACCAUUGUCCCUGUCUUCUCAGCUUCCAUCAAUUGCUUCUAGCUCUAUUGUUCCUAUUAGAAAGGUGAGAAAUUUCAAUCAGAAUGGCUGAUUUUCAUUCCUCUACUCACCGAGCCAAGUGGAUCUUCACUCCUCAACAACUGGUUGAAAAAUACAAAGUUGCUAAUCAAAGAGCAAUAGAGACACUAGAGAAGUGUGGAACAACACAAAUAGAAGUUGACGCUGAUGGGUCAUUUUCAUAUCCUGAACCUCAAAUUAAUGCAAAAGAUAGUGCUGACAAGCAUUCUCACCCAAAGCCUCUUACCGUUGAAGAAGAACAGUUUAUGCGAGUAUUUUAUGAGGAUAAGCUUCGGGAAGUCUGUAGUGCCUUUUACUUCCCUAAUAAAAUUCAGGCAACAGCUCUCAUAUACUUCAAAAGAUUUUAUCUGCAAUGGUCUGUGAUGGAACAUCACCCAAAAAAUAUAAUGUUAACCUGUGUCUAUGCAGCCUGUAAGAUAGAAGAAAAUCAUGUAUCAGCAGAGGAGCUUGGUAAGGGGAUUUCACAGGAUCAUCAAAUAAUUCUCAAUUAUGAGAUGAUUGUUUAUCAGAGUUUGGAAUUUGAUCUCAUUGUUUAUGCACCGUAUCGUUCAAUUGAAGGUUUUGUCAAUGAUAUGGAGGAAUUCUGUGGAACAAACGAUGAACAAACUCAAAAGCUGAAGGAUUUGCAAGAAACAGCAAGGAAAGAAGUGGACAAAAUCAUGCUUACUGAUGCACCACUUCUAUUUCCCCCUGGACAGAUGGCAUUGGCUGCCUUGCGCAGAGCAAAUGAGGUGCACGGAUUAAUUGACUUUGAGAGUUACCUUAAGAGCAUUCUCACUCGCCAAAGAUCUGCCCACACCAUUCCCGAGCUUACUGAAUCUUUAAAUGCUAUAGAUUCUUGGGUUCUGAAAUUUAAGUUCCCAACAGACAAGGAUAUGAAGCACAUCAACCGCAAGCUGAAAUCUUGUUUGGGUCAUGGCUCGCAUGAUGAAAAGAAGCGGGAGAAGAAAUCAAAGCACAGGUCUCAUAAGAGUUCAAACGAAGUUCAUAAUUGACCUGUUGCAUAACUCUCACUUAGUUUCAUUUGACACCACUAGUUUAUAACUCCGCUCUGAAAUUUGUCGAGGGCACUGCCAUCAUCUGGGCAAUGUGAGAGGGGGAUGGAUUUUCACAGGUUUUUGCUUCUGGAAACAGUCUAGCAUGGCAGAGAAAUUAUGUGUGUAUAAGACACUGAAUUUUGUGUCAAAUAUUCCGUGAAACUAUUUUCUUUUAUAUCAACAUGGAAAAUUAGGAGGAGAAUUGUUGAGCUGAUGGAUUUUUACGCUGAACAUAUCGCAAAAUAUGAAAUUGUUUCUCAUAAAAGCCAGUACUUCUCUGUGCUUCAAUUAGAGCUUCAAUGGCGGGCUUCUUGUCGUCAAGCCUCUCCACUCUUCCCUCUGCUUCACAAGACCUGCUUAAGGGAAGACAUCCCAAAAAAUCAGCUUCUUGUAGAAUUUCAAGCCUAGCAGCGAGCAAAAGAGCAUCCAACCUUCUUGCACUUGGCAGCGCAAAUACAGAGAUAUUUUCCAUCAAUUGGGGCCAUCAUCAUUGUUUAACAGCAACUUCAGAGCAAUUUGGUGAAAUUAUUUCUUCUUGUUUGCAUGUAUGUUGCUGUUCUCAUAUGAUAAUAACUGGUUACUGGGUAGGACCUGAUAUUGAUGAUGGUUGGGGAUUUGUAGAAGCUUUUCUUGAUCAGAGUACUUGAUUUUGCCAAUGUGAUAGUGGUAUCCAGAUGUUUAUUCCUUUUCUUGAUAUGAUAGAUAUUGAAUGUGAAAGGUUCUGGGAAAGAUCAAUUUAUCAUAUAAAUCGGAUAUUUUUCU